AUGAAUAUUUCCAAUAACAAUUAUUCAAAUAUAUUCGACUUGCCCAAUGAAAUAUUAUUUAUUAUUAUCAAUAAAUUGAAUUUUGCUGAUGUGAUUUAUUCACUUGUCCAUGUUAAUGAACGAUUUAUUCAACUACUAUUUGAUCCUCUUUAUAUUCAAAAUCUUAAUAUUACACUUAUGACUAUCAAGUCAUUUUAUCAACGUACAUUUUCAGUAUCUGAACAAGUUCUUUCAAAUAUUUGUGAAAACAUUUUACCAAGUAUUCAUGAUCAAGUUAAACAACUUGCUAUUGAAGAACAUUCAAUAGAACGUAUUCUUACUCACAAUUAUUCUCAACUUUAUUCUUUAUCACUUGUUGAUUUUAAAGAAGAAAUACUCUAUCAAUAUCUAACAGAUCAUUCAGCUCUUUGUAAUCUGCUUGCACAUCAAAUCACACAUCUAAAUAUUGAUAUUCAGACUGAUGAAAUACCAAAAUUAUUAACUAAAACUUCAUCAGAUAUAUUUCUAUUGAUUUUAUCUCUAUGUCAACGAUUAAUCAAUCUGAAUUUUUCUCAAUUAUUUUCUUAUCGAAAUUCAUUCCUUUUGAUUUAUAAAUUACCAAAAACAUGUUAUACAUAUUCAACUUUAAUCGAAUUGAAAAUAAAUGUUGCAACAUUUAAUGCUUGUCUUUGUCUUCUUAAUGGACGUUUUGAUUCUUUAUCAAAACUAACUAUUAAUGUGAGAGAGGUCAAAUGUGGACCAAAACGAAUAAACAACAAGACAAAACUUCCGACAUUGAAAUACUUCUCAUUAACUUCAUUUAAUAUCAUACAUGACUAUGAUAAAUACAUUAUUCCAUUACUUCGUCGAAUGAUAAAUCUUGAAGAGUUAAUAUUAUUUCUAUCAGUAAUACGGAUUGACUCAACUCUUAUUGAUGGUAUUGAAUUAUACGAUCAAGUACUUGUUCAUAUGUUACACUUAAACAAAUUUGUUUUCAGUAUAAAUACAGCUGUUUUUAUUGUGAAAAAUGAAAUUGAUGUACCAUCAAAUCAAGACAUACAAGAUAGUUUCAUUGGAAGAGGAUAUGCACAAGUUGGUUCAUUUGCACAUUUUGAACCAAGAACAUCAAAAGAUAGAAUCCUCGGUUCUAAACAAAUAAAGGCUGUAGUGAUAUCUCAUAUAUAUUCACUUCCAUAUCAAUUCGAAAGUUUUCUGUAUCUCAACAAUUCUUUUCAAGGUGGCAUGCAUGCACCAGUACAGUCCGACUGGCACUGGGUGCAAGCCUUAUCAUCAUCAAGUAUUUCAAUUACAUCAACAAAUUUAGGAAACGAAACAUUAACAACAGAUACCAGGACAAUGGUUCCUGAAGCAAGAUUCCAUGAAUUUCUGGCAAAAUCCCUGAGGGAACUCGCUAUUUCUAGGCGGAACCCGCUAGGAAAAUGCCAGGAAUCCGAUGGAGAAGUAAGGUAA